AUGGGAUCAAGACCUUAUGCUUCAGGCCAAGAAGAAUUGCCCGAGGAAUUAGCUGGCGUACAAGACUUGCCGUCGCCUGAUCCCAGCAACCAUGAAUAUCCGGACGCGUAUGAAUAUUCGCCGAAACUUGCACGGUCUAGUGGUGUGUCUAACUCUCCCAACGAGGAGGACUGGCUGAAUUGGCCCGACAAUAAUGCCACAGACAUUACCGCACACCUAGAUCUGGACAUUGCUUUAGAUCUAGAGCAUGAGCUCGGAAUCCUAGCGCGACUAAAUCGAUUGGGGCAUUUUACGAAAGGUAUCCGUCUCUUCGAAGAACGCCUAGCCCCCCAUGUUGAUUUCUUCCCCGUGGCGGCCGAAUACGCGGACCUUCUGUUGGAGCAAGGGAGCUUCGGUCAGCUGCGUCAAUUUAUCGCAAGUCGCCUGACAGACACUCUUGCUAAAUACACAGAAGAGGAAGUUAUCCUGUUGAAGGCUAUCAGAGCUCUUGCAGAAAUGCAUACUAGAGGAGCAUUAAUACCGGCGUUGAACAUGGCAAGAGCAGCGCUGGGCUAUUACUUGAUUGAGGAUCGUGAUUUAACAGACACUAGGCCUUCUAUAGGGAUCGGGAUCAAGAUUCAAAUGAUAGAGAUCUGCUUGCGCAUCAUUGCAUACGUAGCUGCACAUUCGAACUUUCUUGAAACAAGAGCCUUCCAGGACCUCUUGAACUGGUCUAUUACGGAUAAUGGAACAAUACUGAUGAGAUAUGGGGACGAUGGACUUGGGACUUAUAUUCUACAGGCCUGCCACAAAGCAAUUGCCCCUACGUGGGUGCCUGGUAUCGCCUUUUGCUCCAAAAAGGCUUCUUCUGGGAUGCACAUCGGAGGGCAUUACGUCUUCAACGGAUAUUUUGAAGAAUUUGCCCAACUGGAAGACAUCUCUCAAGCUGGCGACUCCUUCUUUCAGCUGGACGAAGAUCAACUGGAUGAUGAGCAGUUUCUGUUGACGGAAUUUGCGAAUGCAUACAUGCUUGCCAACUUUUUCAACACGGAAUGCUCUGUUGAGGCUGUCCAGAUAGCCUACAAACAAUUCUCGAGGAGAUCUAGUUUUCUCGCAUCGACAAUAUCCUCAGAAUAUCCGCACUUGAUUAAGACUCGGCCAUAUCUGAAUUGGAUGCUUCUAGAGAGCGUUCAGGUUUUACCAGCAUCCUGUCAACUCCAAAUGCCGGUUCAAGAGCCAAGGGAUGUGCCCGAGAUGCGGACCUGGAAUAACAUCGACAGGUUACAGUUCCUUCAGCAGAGUAAACCGUUUAUCACAAGAAGGAUGGAGAUGUCAAGGCAUAUUCGCAACCCUUCUUUGCUUGAUGAUCUUGGUAUACUUUUUGAAAGCAUCAAAGGUCUAGAAGAUUAUCAAUUGGAGAGGUCCGUACUCGAGCAAAUUUUCCGACAUUCGCUGGAUUGGGACAAGUGCCUUCAAACCGUACGAAGACUAUCCAGUCUGAAUUCCGAAACGAUGAACGACGCUUGCGGGUAUCUCCAGUGCCUGUUAGACGAGUUUUUCUUCCUGGAAAAUAAUAAUGCUCCUGACUGUGAGCACCUGCGCAAAGACCUUCAUAGUCGCUUGACUGAAUUCGGCAGCUCGUUUCCCUUUCUAUUUGAUCAUGAUUCAGCCGUACGCCGGAAAUCGGAUAUUGUCUUCUUCGACAACCCCCUAUUGAAAUAUAUGGAAAGAACAGCACUGUGCCUUCUUUCAAUCGGCAUAGGACGAGGUAUUGAGGCUCAAUUGCUGAAUAUACAAAUGUCGCACAUAGACCACCAUCUACCAAGUCAUGUUCAGUCCACCCUGAGCCCUGUCGGCCUAGGUGCCCGUCGUGCAGAUGAUCAAGAUGAAAUGCGAAAGCAUGCCUCAAGAGACGCGGAGUAUCCAGAUAUUAGUCCGCCUCCGAUACCAAUAAGCCGCCCAGCCCUUGAUCUGGCUCCAAGAAUGUCGGAUGCCAUGAAGAGGUACAUGCGGCAACUGUUCUGGACUGAUGCUAUUCUCGCACCUCAAAUUGCCCAGGGGAACUUUACGUUCACCAGCCUCGACGGCAAUUAA